CAUCUGUUUCAUAUCGAAGAGUUUUUAAAAAGCCACAAAUUGAGCCUUGUGUGUUCAUAAUUAAGCAGAAAUGACAGUGAUAGCACCAAUGAAGUGAGAGAUGGGGCAGUGUCUUCCAGUUGCCCCAAACGCCAUCCUCUUUAUCCAUUUAAAUCCCAGACCUGCUUUAGAUUCUGACUGCAAAAAAUCUGUUUUUGUCUGUUUUAAUUUAGUUGUUGGAUCUCAUAGGUGGGAUUUGCCACAUCCAAAAGUUUUCAAGAAACUGUUUUGUUUUUUUUUUCUCUUUUUAUAUUCUCGAUUUAGUCCUAGGUGGCAAUCUUCAUCUAUCAAGUUCUACAAUUGCUUAAAACAAUCUGUUUUUUUGCAACUAUUAUUUGACAGCGGUCUGAUGCACACACACAAAUGGACCCUCUGAAAAAUCACCUUCUGCCUCAUUGUUCCCUUCCCCUCUCCUCCUGUGAUUUUUAAGUGGUUAAGUGACUUUUGCAUCUCACAGUGUAAUCUUUCUGUGUCGUGUAUACAAACACAUACCAGUUGCAUCCUUUGUAGAACUAUGUGGUUUGCGAAUUGUCUUGUUUGCCAUGUAUUUUUUAGAAAGGUAUUUUAAUUUAGUCUUUUUAUAUAUAUAUAUAUAGAAAAGACAAGGUAAAAAAAAAUCGGCAUGCUUUUUAUUGAGAAUAUGUAUACUAUAAACCUCAUUAUAAUAAAGAAUGUUUGGCUGACUGCUGUGGUAAAAGAAAGAAAAGGGUUUGGACCUUUCCCCUUCUUCUUGUUUAUGAUCUUCUCCACUAUCUGUUUCUCUUGUGUAAAAUGACCACCAGACCCAUUUGACUGGGGGACCCAGGGGGAGACAGGUGUAGAUGCUGGCCCAGCUUUGGUCUCUUUGGUCAGGGUAAGUGUGGGGUGGAGCUCCUUCCUCUCUCCAGUCUCUCAAACUCAAACCUAAAUGUAUAUAAAGGGUUUACUUUUUGUGCUUUUCCAUAUUCGGCUACUGCAAGAAAUGCUGAAUGUGGUCCUUUUGAAAAUUUAUUUCCAUGCAUAAAUUGCAUUACACACAUUGAAACUGCAUUGAGAGCUGGGGAGAGGCACACAGAUAGAAUGGCCUGAAUGCAUUUUGAUCUGUGGAGCAGUUCUGUUCCUGGGGUUGAUGGGGUGUGCGUCUGGUCUGGUCUGGUCUCUCCCUGCUGCACCAAAUUCUCCCUCUCCGUGUGUCUCUGUGUUCACUCUAUUCUCAGACCUGCAUGUGUAAUAAUCUAACUCUGCCGCAUAAAAUAAAAUAAAAAAAAAAAAAAAGCAAAGCCCCCACCCCUCCUCAACAGACCAGCUCUGAACUAACUAUCUCAACUGAAUUAGGUCACCGUGGCACCUGGAACAGCCAACGUGCAUCCUUGCGUGAGUGUGGCAGUGUGAGCCGUGGGGACAACUUUUAGCGCGACGCCACCGCAGCAGGAACUUGUUGUCUCUCUUCAUCUCCAAGGAUGGAAGUGUGACAUGAUGGCCAUCCACUAUUUCUGCCUAACAAACUAAGGGAAAGGUGAAAAGGAGGUGGUGAAGAUUGAAUAGAUGAGUUGAUUAUGAGACCUUCACAGCUUGGUGUAACUCCCACUUGAGGAAAGCCGGGACACAGAUUGAGAACAUUGAAGAGGAUUUCAGAAAUGGUCUCAAACUCAUGCUGCUGCUGGAGGUCAUAUCAGGCGAGAGGCUGCCCAAACCUGACAAAGGCAAGAUGCGUUUCCAUAAGAUUGCCAACGUGAAUAAAGCUCUGGACUUCAUCUGCAGCAAGGGGGUCAAACUGGUGUCUAUUGGUGCAGAGGAAAUUGUUGAUGGUAAUGUGAAGAUGACCCUUGGUAUGAUCUGGACCAUCAUCUUGCGUUUCGCCAUCCAGGACAUCUCUGUGGAAGAGACCUCUGCUAAGGAGGGUCUGCUGCUGUGGUGCCAGAGGAAGACCGCCCCCUACAGGAACGUCAAUGUGCAGAACUUCCACAUCAGUUGGAAGGAUGGCCUGGCCCUGUGCGCCCUCAUCCACAGACACAGACCUGACCUUAUUGACUACUCCAAACUGAGAAAGGAUGACCCCAUUGGUAACCUGAACACUGCCUUUGAGGUGGCUGAGAAGUUCCUGGACAUCCCCAAGAUGCUUGAUGCCGAGGAUAUUGUGAACACACCCAAACCAGAUGAGAAGGCCAUCAUGACCUACGUGUCCUGCUUCUACCAUGCCUUCGCUGGAGCUGAGCAGGCUGAGACAGCUGCCAACCGUAUCUGCAAGGUGCUGGCUGUCAAUCAAGAGAAUGAGAAGCUAAUGGAGGAGUAUGAGAAGCUGGCCAGUGAGCUGCUUGAGUGGAUCCGCCGCACCAUCCCCUGGCUGGAAAACCGUGUGGCCGAGCAGACCAUGCGUGCAAUGCAGCAGAAACUGGAGGAUUUCCGUGACUACCGCCGCAUCCACAAGCCGCCACGUGUGCAGGAGAAAUGCCAGCUGGAGAUCAACUUCAACACCCUGCAGACCAAACUGAGACUGAGCAACAGGCCUGCCUUCAUGCCCUCUGAGGGCAAGAUGGUGUCGGAUAUUGCCAAUGCUUGGAAGGGUUUGGAGCAGGUGGAGAAGGGCUAUGAGGAGUGGCUGCUGACAGAGAUUCGUCGUCUGGAGAGACUUGACCAUCUGGCCGAGAAGUUCAAGCAGAAGUGCUCUAUGCAUGAGGCCUGGACAGGAGGUAAGGAGGAGCUUCUGUCCCAGAAGGACUACGAGUCGGCUUCUCUGAUGGAGAUCAGAGCCUUGAUGAGGAAGCACGAGGCCUUUGAGAGCGACCUCGCCGCUCACCAGGACAGAGUGGAGCAGAUCGCUGCCAUCGCCCAGGAGCUGAAUGAGCUGGACUACCAUGAUGCUGCUUCAGUCAAUGCCCGCUGCCAGGGCAUCUGUGACCAGUGGGACAACCUGGGCACCCUCACCCAGAAGAGGAGGGACUCACUGGAGCGUGUGGAGAAGCUGUGGGAGACCAUCGACCAGCUGUACCUGGAGUUCGCUAAGAGGGCAGCACCUUUCAACAACUGGAUGGAUGGAGCCAUGGAGGACCUGCAGGACAUGUUCAUUGUCCACAGCAUUGAGGAGAUCCAGAGUCUGAUCACAGCCCACGACCAGUUCAAGGCCACUCUGCCCGAGGCCGACAAGGAGCGCAUGGCUACCAUGGGCAUCCACAACGAGAUCCUGAAGAUUGCUCAGACUUAUGGCAUCAAGCUGUCCGGAAUCAACCCGUACACCAACCUGAGCCCCCAGGACGUCAGCACUAAGUGGGACACUGUGAAGCACCUUGUGCCCCUCAGAGACCAAAUGCUCCAGGAGGAGGUGGCCAGACAGCAGGCUAAUGAGAGACUGAGGCGCCAGUUUGCUGCCCAGGCCAACAUCAUUGGACCCUGGAUUCAAACCAAGAUGGAGGAGAUCAGCCAUGUGUCUGUGGAUAUUUCCGGCUCCCUGGAGGAACAGAUGAACAGCCUGAAGCAGUACGAACAGAACAUCAUCAACUACAAAUCCAACAUCGAUAAGCUGGAAGGAGACCACCAGCUCAGCCAGGAGUCCCUCAUCUUUGACAACAAGCACACCAAUUACACCAUGGAGCACAUCCGUGUGGGCUGGGAACAGCUGCUCACCACCAUUGCCAGAACCAUCAAUGAGGUUGAGAACCAGAUUCUGACCCGCGAUGCAAAGGGCAUCAGCCAGGAGCAGCUCAACGAGUUCAGGGCCUCCUUCAACCACUUUGACAGGAAGAGAAACGGCAUGAUGGACCCAGACGACUUCCGUGCAUGUCUCAUCUCCAUGGGUUACGAUCUGGGUGAGGUAGAGUUUGCCCGCAUCAUGACUCUGGUGGACCCCAACAACACCGGCGUGGUGACCUUCCAGGCCUUCAUCGACUUCAUGACCCGCGAGACCGCUGAGACCGACACCGCAGAACAAGUCAUGGCCUCCUUCAAGAUUCUGGCUUCAGACAAGAACUACAUCACAGUGGACGAGCUGCGCAGGGAGCUGCCGCCUGAGCAGGCAGAGUACUGCAUCAGCCGCAUGACCAGGUACAUCGGACCUGAAGCCCCCCAAGGCGCCCUGGACUACAUCUCCUUCUCCAGCGCCCUCUAUGGAGAGAGCGACUUAUAAACCUAGCUGCUUCUCCUCACCUCCUCCUCCCCAGCUUCUAUUUCUCCUGUUUGGAGAGAGCAAUGUUAAACCCUUCCACUGUCCUUCUACAUGCUUUGUUCUUAUCAUUUUUUCCUCUCUCAUCUUUCCUCACUCCUUCCAUCAUGCCCAGGAACACUGCUUAGAGAGGAAAAGUGCAGAAGACUUUGCUCAAAUCUUACAAACCACAUUGGGACUGGCCUUUAAGCAAAGUUGGCCAGGUAUUGCACUGAUUUUAUGUAAGCAGCAUACAUAGACCAUACCUGCCUUAAGGAGACAUUAAGAGAGUUGUUUUUGAGCAAAGCCCCCUGCUCUUCUCCUCUAACUGAUUAUUAUUUUUGUAGAAGGGAAAUUAAAGAAGAAAACAUGAUAAAAAAAAAAAAAAAGCUGGUCGGUCAGUUGGCUUGGUUGGUUGUGUAUUUGUGCAGAUGCAUGCUAUGUUGAAGUUUAGAAAUGCUGCCUUUGAGUCAUUGACUCUUCCUUAA